AUGGAUUCUCAAGAUUGUCCCUGCAUGAGUGGUGGUGCAUGCACCUGUGGCAACAACUGCCAGUGCAAAAACUGCAAGUGCUGCAAAAAGAGCUGUUGCUCCUGUUGCCCAGUGGGCUGUGCCAAGUGUGCCCAGGGCUGUAUCUGCAAAGGGCCCCCUUCCACCAAAUGCAGCUGUUGCAAGUAA